CCUACAUUAUAUACUCCUGGUCGCGUGGUGGCAGUAUAAGGCUGGAAGUAUAUGAUAGGCGUUCUAAUACCUGAAAAGAAGGGAAGGAGAAUCCUAAUUAAGGAAGAGGAAGAAGAGUGGCCAGGAUAUCAUCCCUUCAGAACAUUUGAAUGGAGUUUGCUGAAUUGAUCAAGACCCCCCGCGUCGAUGGGGUGGUCCUCCACCGACCCUUUAUGCCUUUGGUGGAGGGCACGCUGUGUUUGACGGGACACCACCUGAUUUUAUCAUCGCGGCAGGACAAUACAGAGGAGCUGUGGCUGCUACACGCCAAUAUCGACGCCAUCGAGAAGAGGUUUGUAGGCUCUUCUGGAUCCAUUAUAGUGAAAUGUAAAGAUCUGAGAACUAUCCAGAUGGACAUCCCUGGCAUGGAGGAGUGUCUCAAUGUCGCCAGCUCCAUUGAGGCCCUCUCCACCCUGGACUCGGUGUCCCUCAAGUAUCCCUUUUUCUACCGCCCCAUGUUUGAGGUCAUCGAGGAUGGAUGGAACUCCUUCCUUCCUGAAGAAGCUUUCAAAGACCUAGAAUCCAUGACAGAUGAAUGGAGGCUCAGCGAUGUCAACAAUGACUUCAGCGUCUGCCAAUCCUAUCCCCCGCUCGUAACCGUGCCAAAGGAUGUGGACGAUGACACCCUCCGCAAGGUUGCCACCUUCCGCCACGGCGGCCGUUUCCCAGUGCUCAGCUAUUACCACAAGAAGAACGGCAUGGUGAUGAUGCGUGCCAGCCAGCCCCUCACUGGCACCAACGGCCGGCGCUGCAAGGAGGACGAGAAGCUGAUCAACGCCACGCUGAGAGCGGGCAAGCGCGGCUACAUCAUCGAUACGCGCACCAUCGCAGUGGCACAGCAGGCCAAAGCGCGUGGCGGAGGCUUCGAGCUGGAGUCCAACUACCCGCAGUGGAGGAGGAUCCACAAGACUAUAGAGAGGCACAGUGUCCUGCAGGAGAGCCUGAUCAAGCUGGUGGAGGCCUGCAAUGACCAGUCACACAGCAUGGACCGCUGGCUCAGCAAACUGGAGGCCUCCAGCUGGCAGAGCCACGUCAAGGAGAUCCUCACCACAGCCUGCCUGGCAGCCCAGUGCAUCGACAGGGAGGGUGCAUCUGUGCUGGUCCACGGCACCGAAGGAACGGACUCCACGCUGCAGGUGACCUCUCUGGCCCAGAUCAUCCUGGACCAGUCCUGCAGAACCAUCCGAGGCUUCCAGGCACUGGUGGAGCGAGAGUGGCUCCAGGCGGGCCACCCGUUCCGGCAGCGGUGCGCUCAGUCGGCCCACUCUAACGGGAAGCUGCGCGGCGAGGCGCCCGUCUUCCUGCUCUUUCUGGACUGCGUGUGGCAGAUCCUGCGCCAGUUCCCCUGCUCCUUCCAGUUCAGCGAGGGCUUCCUGGUGCUGCUCUGGGAGCACGCCUACGCCUCCCAGUUCGGCACCUUCAUGGGAAACUGUGCUGCUGACAGGGCCAAGCUGAAGCUGCCCCAGAAGACGGUGUCUCUGUGGUCGUGGGUGAACCGGCCCGAGGAGCUGGAGCGCUUCACCAACCCGCUCUACGAGCCCAACAGCCUGGUCAUCUGGCCCUCCGUGGCCCCUCAGAGCCUGCUGCUGUGGGAGGGCGUGUUCCUGCGUUGGAACCGCUCCUCUAAGUGGCUGGACGAGGCCUAUGAGGAGAUGGCGCACAUCAUCGAGUACAACAAGGAGCUGCAGACAAAAGUGAACAGCCUGAGGAGGCAGCUGGCCCAGCUGGAGACGGAGGACGGCCCGUUGCAGACGCCCUAGAACCGUGAUCGGACCUGGACCUGGACUGCGUGACCAGGCUACCAGUCAGAACGAGCGCUCCUUCUCGCGUACAUCAGUUCAUACACACUCAUUGAAUGGAAUGGCAGAUGAUGACUGACACACACACACACCCUCGCACACACCUACACAUACUCGUAGUCCCUUGAUCACUAUAGACACACCACACACACAGCCCCUUGAUUACUUUGUAAACAUCACACACACACACACACACACACACACUCAAAAACACACCACACACUGCGACAUUUCAUGAAUUAUUUUGUAAGCUCCCUCUGCAUGCAGAGUGUUUCAUUUUGCAUAACACAUUCCAGAUGUGUGGACAUCCCACUCUAUUCCUUUUGAGCAGCGAUGUAUUCACAAUGUUAUGGUCCCCCUCAGACACCAACACUAUACAUGCUAUGUCUGUUUAACACAGACCGGAUGAAUUAGGAGAGCACAGUCAUCUAGAGGUUAGUGACCAAACAAAAAGUGUCUCUCAACUCUCGGUGCCAAAGUAAAAGCACUAUUUCUUCAACAGUAUAGUUCUCACACCUACGCUGCAUAUUUAAGCCUGUUUUCUGCAGUAGUGUCUGCUUUGUUAAGGCCAGUAAAGAAACAAUGUUAAUACAAUGAACUAACCCUUAAGGUAAAUAUGAGCCGAAGGUGACAAACUUGAAGGUCACUGGGAUAGGGUGGCUCAGCCUACAGAAGUACCCUGUGCCAUUCGAAUUGUCUAGUCCUGUAUGUUGGCUUUUAAAUAUAAGUUAUGUUUAUAAGCUGAAAAUUGUGCAUCCGCAUAGGUGUUUGUUGUAGCUCUACAGUUGUGACGACCAUUAAUACUUUAUAAAUAGCCGAUCGCAUUAGCAUGUACUGCAUUUUCGCUUUUACUCUGUAGUUAUUACUCCAAGUGAUAUUUGUUUUCAGCUGACUACUGAAAGUCCAGACAGUCCUGCCUCGUAAAAACAAGACCUGUCGCCUGAAACCGAUCGUUACAAGAUUUUUUAUUUCGUGCACUAGGAUAACCAGAAACAUUCCAGGUCUUUAGUUUGAAUCCUGAAGCCUAAUUUCAUAAAGGGAUGAGUAGAUACCAUGCACAUCUCAAGCCCUUUGGAGGUGAGAAUAGGUGGUUGAGCAACCAGUUUUACCACUAAAACUUGACUUGCAUUCCUUGUCCAUUACUGGUUGCUCUGAUUUGAGCAGUGUCUGCCUGUCUCGCAGUACCUUCUAGAUAUCUUGGUGAAGCAGCUUUGGCACCAUGGUACUAAACUUGAGACAAUUUGGCCAGGUGUGGACCUAACCCGAUUGCACACAUACAUGCUUCAAAUGCACUAAACUCUGGAGACUGUGUAGAUGGCAUAGGUUUCCUUUCAGCAAGGUUGCACUCUUUCAUGUCACCGAUGAAGUACCUAUCGGCAUCCUUGGCUCACUGCCUGGGAAUUAAGGAAGUGUUUCUGACACACCCUUAAGGCAAAUUGUGAAAAACCCACGAAGAUGGAUAACGCUGUCAUGCCAUCUCUUGGGGGAACCCAAUGUUCUACACUGGCAUCCACGUAUUGCUUAUUUAGUCUCUUGUGUGCUUCCCCAAUAACUCUAUAACAGGGGGAUCUCAUUGGCAUGUACCACUAAGUUGUAGUUUGUGUUCAGAUGGUAGUGUCCAUGUUGAGUACGUUUGAUGAUCUAUUAGGUAUGUGUGUGAGAGUGUGCCAGGAUUGGCACCUUUAAGGCACCUCUGGGUCCUGUGACACAGAAAAGACAUUAGCAUGUGAACCAAAAUAACACACACACACAGUCUCUCUCUCUCUCUCUCUCUCUCUCUCUCUCUCUCUCUCUCUCUCUCUCUCUCUCUCUCUCUCUCUCUCUCUGACACGCACUCGCAUUCACAGACACACACAUGCAUACAUACAUACUGCUCUCACAUACAAACUACUCAUACUUCCGCUCAUAUGCACAAGUUCCCCCUCCUUCCCUCUCUCUGUCUCUUUUCCUCUCUGCCACACACACACACACACACACACACACACACACACACAUUGACCCCCCCAGCACCAUUUCAGCCCGAAGGGCCUGUUAUUGUUGGCGUUUCUACUGGCACUCCUCGCACAUUGGUUGGACGACACGUCCUCUCAUUUACUUUUCACUUUGUCACUUUAUGAUUGUAUAUCUCAAAUCUACUAAUCUGUGCUUCUGAUUAAUCUAGGUAGACGUUAAGUUUUUUUUAUGUAUAACUGCUGACAUUGCUGUAAAAUUGUACAUUGUCUGUGUGCUGUAAAAGAUGCUGCAUUCAAAUGUAUUGUGCCAUGGACACGUUUUAUAUUAUGUUGCGUUCAAUUCCAUGGGCAUUAAAACGUCACACUGAA